AUGAGUUUCGAAACCAUCCCGGAGCGCCUUCCGGUCGAGGGUGGUAGUUGGGUACUGCCGGUGACGGUGGCGACCGUGCUGGCGCUAGCGGUAGUCGCACUGUUCCACCUGUGGAUGCAGACGCGCCGCUACGUGAAGCUGGGCAACAUGAUACCGGGCCCGGUCGCCUAUCCGCUCGUUGGCAACGCCAACAUGCUGCUCGGCAAGUCGCACAAUCAAAUCAUGGAGAAGGCGAUGGAGCUGAGCUACAUCUACGGGACGGUGGCACGCGGCUGGAUCGGGUACCACCUGGUGGUAUUCCUCACCGAGCCGUCCGACGUCGAGAUCAUCCUGAACAGCUACGUGCACCUGGAGAAGUCGAGCGAGUACCGCUUCUUCAAGCCCUGGCUCGGUGAUGGACUGCUCAUCAGCUCGGGUGACAAGUGGCGCUCGCACCGGAAGCUGAUCGCGCCCGCCUUCCACCAGAACGUGCUGAAGACGUUCAUCGACGUGUUCAACGACAACAGUCUGGCGGUGGUGAAGCGGAUGGCUCGCGAGGUAGGCCACGAGUUCGACUGCCACGACUACAUGAGCGAGGUAACGGUUGACAUUCUGCUCGAAACGGCCAUGGGCUCCAACCGGACGGGCGAGAACAAGGAAGGUUUCGAGUACGCCAUGGCUGUUAUGAAGAUGUGCGAUAUUCUACACAAGCGUCAGCUGAAGAUCCACCUCCGUCUGGACCCGCUGUUCAAUCUGACGGGCGUGAAGAAAGAGCAGGAGCGCCUGCUGGACAUCAUCCACAGUCUCACCCGAAAGGUGGUGAAGCAGAAGAAGGCAAUCUUUGAGCGCAACGCGGCCGAGGGAAAGCUCCCGACGCCCUCGCUCUCGGACAUCAUCGGCAAGGAGGAGAAGCCGGGCGAGAGCCCUGCCUUCAUCUCGCAGGGUUCGAUGUUGCGCGACGAUCUGGACGACAACGACGAGAACGACAUCGGCGAGAAGCGGCGGCUCGCCUUCCUCGACCUCAUGAUCGAGUCGGCGAAGGGUGGCGCGAACAUCAGCGACGAGGAGAUCAAGGAGGAGGUGGACACCAUCAUGUUCGAGGGUCACGAUACCACCGCGGCCGGGUCCAGCUUCGUGCUCUGCCUGCUCGGCAUUCACCAGGACGUGCAGGAGCGGGUGUACGCCGAGCUGCGGCAGAUCUUCGGUGACUCCAGCCGCAAGGCCACGUUCGCCGACACGCUGGAGAUGAAGUACCUCGAGCGGGUUAUCUUCGAGACGCUCCGGAUGUUCCCGCCGGUGCCGAUGAUCGCGCGCAAAAUCAACGAAGAUGUGCAGCUCGCGUCGAAGAACUACACCAUCCCGGCCGGGACGACCGUCGUCAUCGGGACGUACAAGAUCCACCGCCGGGAGGACCUCUACCCGGAGCCGGAGAAAUUCAACCCGGAUAACUUCCUGCCCGAGCGUACCCAGAACCGGCACUACUAUAGCUACAUUCCGUUCAGCGCGGGUCCACGCAGCUGCGUCGGGAGGAAGUACGCCAUGCUCAAGCUGAAGGUCCUGCUGUCCACGAUUCUCCGGAAUUACCGCGUCCGGUCGAACAUUACCGAGAAAGACUUCAAGCUGCAAGCGGACAUCAUCUUGAAGCGCACCGAUGGGUUCCGCGUCCAGCUGGAGCCGCGGGUGGCAUGAGAGGCAGCCAGCCACCACUCCACUCUGCGACGGCGACACUCAGUCACAGCCAUCGAUGAGAUAACAGAGAAGC